AUGGAAAGUGUUAAAGUGAUGGUGAAUCUACCCAACAUUGGGGAAGUCACUUUCUGUGCGGUGUAUAACCACCCUGGGAACAAGCUCAGUGCUGAAAUUCUGGAUAGACUUAUUAACUCGGACUCCCCCACCUUUCUAGAUGGCGAUUUAAACGCCAAGCAUCUCGACUGGGGAUGCUGCAACUCGAAUUAUAAUGGACGCAUAGUGCAUGAUUUUGUGUGUAAUUACCCUGUCUUUCUGCAUGUGCCGGAUGAGCCUACCUAUAGGCAAAAUAUGCUCGACCGUCGGCCUGACAUUCUGGAUAUUUUUAUUACGACAUUCAGUAUUCCUAUGGCUAUUACGGUAACAUGUGACAUGUCUUCUGAUCAUGUACCUGUGCUUGCUUACCUUGGAGUGGAAAAUGCUAAGAACCUACCGCCAAUUAAGCAUACUGAUUGGGAUCUUUAUCAUAAUACUUUGAUGACCACUGAUUUGAAUUGUGACUCGUUACAAAGCACUUCGGAUAUUGAACGUGCUAUAACAGACUUUACUCAAAUACACGAAUUAUAUUAG